GUCGAAUUCGAUCGCAGUCGAGUCGCGUGACCCAGCGCGAGACGGGGCCGAGUACCUGUCGCUCGACUCGGCGCCGUCCUCCGAGACCGCGUAUCCCUCCUUGGGGCCGCGGAAGGACUCGGAGCUGAUGGGGUGGGCGAGGGGGCGCUUGAUUUCGAUGUUCGGGUCGUUCAGACGAUCCAUGUACUCGUCCUCCUCCGGCGCAUCCGACACAGUCCGGCGACGGAUAUAUUGCGGGAGCUCGUCGUUGGAGCGCAUGUAGGGCUUGAGAUCGUCUUCCAUUGGAUGUGGAUGGGUGGAGGUGGUGAUGAAGGUGUCGCGGAGCAGGACGGAACGGAAAGCGGAAGAGGGAAGAAAGGGACGAGGGGAAGGUCCGUGAGCACCCCUCUCAAGAUAGCGCCGCUCUUAUAAUCGACCAUCUAUUGUUCAGUUUAAUCCACGACAGGAUGUAGAAAGCUAGCGUUCCGAUCGUUCCCGAAAAGGAAAUUCGCGUGUAACAAGACAAUUAGACAAUUGAGACACAAGAAAAAUCGCCUCUGAGAAGCCUGUGGCUUCCCUGAUGCAGCUCUAGAUAAGCGCAGGCUUUAUAGACAAGAUUCCAAUGUCUGUCCCAUGGCCUCGAGACGAGAGAGCGCUGCAGAGGAAGGGGAGAAUAGCGCGUCGUAUUUGAGACAUCGGAUCCCAUGAUGAAGUCCUUCCUAACAGACGCAUACAGUGUGUGCGGAAACCCUCCCGAGGCUCAGGCAGGCUGAGGAAGUAUAAUGUAAUGAAAGUCCCGUCAAGUCGAUCCCGAUUUAGAGGGUGAAACCGGUGAUCGAUGGUCCGCGGCCCUCUUACACUGCCACUGCACAGUGACACGGGACACAAUGAUCGCCGCCCUCGGCGAUCAUCAUGACUCAUCAGGAACUACCACAUCAUAUGGCUGUCGUGAUUUCCCAGCAAGGUUGCGGAAGUCUUCCUCAUCCCCUGGAGCCAGGAUGGCGUGUGUGCGGAGAGAUAUUUCUGCAUCUAUUGCGCAAUAACGAAGCUUCUUGCGUUCAUGAGUAUAUAAUCUAGGAUCUCUGCCGCUCUCUUAUCGGAGCAACCCACCUCAUGUCCACCACCACUACUGCGACUGUCACAGAAAGAACUCAGAGUUCUGCCUCUGCCCCUACUCUGGUUCUCAAGAACCCUCCAGAGACGAAACCUGCCACCGAAGCUUAUCAAUAUGCCCACCUUCUGCCCCACUUCUCUCUGGACCGCUAUCCUCCUCUGACACCAUUCGAGCACUCAGACCCCGGAGCUCGCGCACUGACACACGAGAACCCGCGAUCCUUCUUGAACGAUGCUGCAAGCGUCGUGGAAAUCACUCCGGCACUUGGCACAGAAGUCACGGGUGUCAACCUCGCGCAGCUGGACUCCGAUGGCCGAGACCAGCUGGCCUUGGAAGUUGCCCGUCGCGGGCUAGUCGUGUUCCGCGGCCAGCACGACUUUAUCGACGCCGGGCCCGAUUUCUACAAGGCUUGGGGUUCGCAUUUCGGUCGCCUGCACAUCCACCCGACUUCUGGCCACCCCGCGGGCUACCCGGAAAUUCAUCUCGUCUACCGCGAUGUUAACUCGACGUUCAACUUCGAACGCAGCGACAGCAUCCACUCGACCUCGUGGCACAGCGAUGUCUCGUACGAGCUGCAGCCGCCCGGCCUAACAACGUUUUUCCUGCUCGCGCAGCCCGAGACCGGGGGCGACACGCUCUUCACGUCCCAGGUGUCAACGCUGAAGAAACUGUCACCCCAGUUUGUGGCCUUCCUUCGCACGCUCAAGGCCGUCCACUCCGGCGUAGAGCAGGCCGAGUUCUCACGCUCUGGCAAACGUGGGGGAACAGUCCGACGUGAACCCGUUGAGAAUGUCCACCCCGUCGUUCGCCGGCAUCCAGUGACGGGUGAGGAAGCGCUCUACGUCAACAGGCAGUUCACCCGACGCAUUGUCGGCCUCAAGCGGGAGGAAUCUGACAACAUCCUGCAAUUCUUGUACGACCACAUCGACAAGAGCGCCGACAACCAAGCGCGUCUUAAGUGGCAACCCGGCACAGUGGCCAUCUGGGACAACCGGAUCACCGCGCACACGGCCAUCGUGGACUUUAAAGACUCCAAGGAGCGCCGUCAUGGCGCUCGCAUCACACCCCAGGGCGAACGACCGAUCCCUGCACUCGACGGGCUGCAGCUCGAUGACUGAUCUCUCAAC